CACUUCUGGCAACACAACCUGGUUAAAACACCUUGGCCGACAAAGUUUGAGCUCAUUUGUGGCCGAAACCGCGUGAAAGUUGUACGCUGCCGCGAAUCUCCGACGAAGAAAGGAAAAAUUUAAGAAAAUACAAAAAAAUAAUAAAAAAUAUAUAAAAAAAAGUUCAAAGUAAAAAAUUCGAAUAGGAGUAGCCGCACGUGUGUGUGUUUCUUUACAUAAAUUCUUGCGUUCGCCUAACGAACGUUGUGAGCACUUGAAGCCUAUAUAUGGUAUAUAAAUACCUCUAUAUUAUAUAAAUACAUGCGUACUAAUUUAUUUUUUGUUGUGUGUUACGCGUUUUGCUUUGAGUCUUGACCUAAUUUUCCUGCUGCUGGCAUUCCAGUGUUAUUUUGUUUGUUUUGUUGUUGUCAAUAUUGGCCCUCGUAGAAAGGCCGCGAUUUCGUGUCUCAAAGUGAAAUUAUUGUUUAUUACUUAAGUGUUCUGUUAAACCGAACGCCAGCUGCGUUUUAUUGCACUUUCGCUGGCAACGAUCGCUCGAGAGACACAUUAACGACACUAAUAUCAGUGAAGACGUUACACUUUGAAGCGGUGCUAAUUGGGAUCACUCUUCAAGAGGUGUUAACUAGUUUUGUGCGUAUUUUUCUCCGCUGACAAAUAGCCAACACUUUUACUUUCCGCACGUUGAAAAUAAAGUCUAUAAAUAUGUUUAAACUCGGUUUGAUUUCGAUUUUAACACUAAUCAGCUGGAUUGCAACAAAUGCUCAGGACGAUGUGCAACCCUAUUUCCUUCAACAGUGCCCGCGCGAUGAGGAAUACAUUAACGAAUGCCUGCGUGACAGUGGCAAUAAAUUGGUGCAUUACUUGCGCCAGGGCGUACCUGAGCUGGAUAUUUAUGAUAUCGAACCGGUUAUCAUUGAUGAGAUUGGUAUUGUGCUGGGCAGCGGACCGGACGGUUAUCGAGCCCUCUUCCGUAAUAUACAAGCAUAUGGUGUUAGUAAUAUAACUGUAACAAAUGUGCGUUCCGAUUUGGAGACUCUACAAUUUCAGUUGACUUGCGAAAUUCCACACAUUAAAGUGCGUUCGCAAUACCGCUCGACAGGCGUCUUGAUUUUGGUGAAAGCCUCAGGUGCUGGUGAUUAUUGGGGCGAAUAUGAUGGCGUCAAAGCAAAAAUUUACUUCAAAGCCAUACCCAAUUUGGCUGACGAUGGACGCACAUACCUAACAGCCGAUCAGGUUAAAAUGGAUUUCAAUGUAAAGGAAAUAAAAAUGGGUGUGGAUAAUAUUGCUAAUGGCAACACAGUGAUACAGGCCGCAUUGAAUCUCUUCAUCAAUUCCAAUGCACAGGAGCUGCUGAAGGAAAUGAAACCGGCGCUACGCACGAAACUCACGCUCGUCAUACGCAACUUCAUGGAUCGAAUAUUCGCUAAAAUACCGCUCGACCAAUGGAUCAAUUUGAAUUAGUAGUAGCGUUGGCAGUAACGCAUAUUCUCUUAAAGUAAAAAAAAGGUCCAACACUUACCAGUUAAUUAGCUUAGCGGUAAUUUAAUGUAUUCUUAUACUAUUAGCAAUUAGUCACACCUAUUUAUUUCAAUAAAUUAUUUAAGAUAUUUAAAGGUAAACGUUUAGAACUAAAGUUGUCACUAAGCGACAAAAUAAAAUAACCGAAACAAAUAUUCAGCGUUCGCACGAUUAUAAGAAAAUUGCAGUUCUACAAAUAAAUGUAAUUUACUACUUAUAAAUUA